UACAGUCAUGGCAUUCAAGUACGUCCUGCUCUCCCUCUGCGCUGUGCUCAGUGCAGCAAAUGCUGGCUUCCUGGCACCUGCCACCUAUGUGGCAUCUCCGGUGGUUGCCAAGCUGGCUCAGCCACAUUACGAUGCCGUGGGCACCACCCAACAGAAUGUGGUGCGCUCCUUCGGCGGCACCGUGUCCACCUACUCGAAGAACGUGGUCACUCCCUACUCCAGUGUCAGCAAAGUGGAUUCCCGCAUCACAAACAAUGUGUACACACCCAAGACAGUCUACAGUGCUCCAGCUACUGUGGUGACCAAGUCCGUCUAUGCCGCUGCUGCUCCUGCUGUCACCUAUGCUGCUCCUGCUCCAGUUCUGGCCAAGACCGUCUCGUAUGCUGCUCCCGCUGUCACCUAUGCUGCUCCAGCUCCAGCUCUGACCAAGACUGUCUACUCCUCGCCAAUUGCUGCUCCUGUGCUGGCCAAGACCUAUGCCGCACCCGCUGUUGCCUACUCCGCUCCAGUUGCUGCUCCAGCUGCCUAUGUCAAGUACUCACCAGCCAUCGGUGUUGCCCACGUCAGCUUCGACGGAUUCGGCUCACACUGGGGCUACUAAACAGCGCUUCAAUUGUUACAACUUUUGAUUUUAUAAACGAAAAAUAAAGUAAACCUUUAGUUGA